GAGUGUUGCUCUUCCUGCAGUCGUCUCAGAGGGGUCCUGCAUCCCCCAGCAGGACAUCUGCUGGCAGGUAACGCUCCCUCUUGGUUUCAGCCUCGGACAAGGAUGCCAAGAACACAGAAGAAAACUUUGCUCAGGUUUUGGGAAUUCUUGUGUGCCAGUGAUGACAGUGGAAAUGCCUGAAUCGAAGUGAGCAGGUGCAGCAGGAACAGAACACAGGAUUAUGCUGGCUGCAAUGAUUAAAACAGCACUGGUCGUCUUUUUGGUGCAAAGCACUGGAAACUUGGCGCUCGGCGCAGCGUGUUGGGAUGGACGCCUUUCAGGAGCGGGAAGAAACAGCAGCUGCACGCCCUCUCAGCCUUUCCUCCUGUUUGGUCAUGGCAAAUCAAUCCAUCGGAUGAGCCUGGAUGGACAGAACCACAGAUGGCUUUCUGCUGGAACAGGAAGCUCCAUCCUUCUCGACUUUCAUUUCAGAGAAGAGAGUCUUUACUGGGCCGACAGACGCACCGGCAUCAUCUACAAAGCAUCGCUGCAAGGAGCACACAGACAGAAACUGUAUUCAUCUGACAAACACGUCUCUGGGCUCACAGUGGACUGGGUUGGGAACGGAGUAUUCUGGACGAGCAGCAGAAAGGGUCAAAUCAAGAAAAUGGAUUUAAAUGGAAAAAAUGAGAAGACAAUUUUAAAACAUUUGUCUCAACCAAGCUUUAUAAAUGUUGAUCCCACCCACAGGCUUUUGUUUUGGCUGUCUGGUGGAUCAGAAAUCCAGCGAUCUGAUCUCUCAGGUCAAAUGAAAAUGACGGUUUUAAAGCUGGAGGAACAACUUGAGGUUCUGUCGGUGGACCGAGAAGACAAGCGGUUGUUCUGGGUUCAGCUCAGUCUCCAAGGAGAGCGAGCCGUUGCUUCCUGUGAUUACAGCGGGAAUUCACUGCACAUCAUCGACCUGCCACUUCAGUCUCAGUCACUUGGGAUAUCUGUUUUUCUGGAGAACGUUUAUUACACUGAUGCUGCCGCCGGUGUUAUAAGAAAAAUAAACAAAUACACCGGAGGACGACCGGUGGAUGUUAAUGAUAAACCGAUGGUCAAGCAUCCAGUGGACAUAAAGGUGGUCCAUCCCCUCAUCCAGCCAAUGGCAGAUACUUCCUCACCAUUUCCAGGCUGCAAUGACCCCGGUGGAAGCUGUGUGAAUGUGUGUUCCCGUUUAGAGGAGCUCGGGGUUUGCCAGUGCUCUGAAGGCUUUGCUCUCAGUAACCAUGGCACCCACUGUGAAGAUGUGAAUGAAUGUGCCCACUGGAACCACGGCUGCUCUCUUGGCUGUGAAAACAUCCCAGGCUCAUAUUUCUGCACCUGCCCCAAAGGAUACACCCUCCUGCCAGACGGGAAGACGUGCCAAGAAAUAACACCAUGUGGCGGCAUCAUAAAGUGUGGAGAUGGUUGCAUAGCAACAGAACAUGGGGCCGUGUGUGUUUGUCCUGAGGGAUCCGUUCUACAGGAGGAUGGACACACUUGCACCGGUUGCUCUUCAGCAGACAGAGGCGGCUGCAGUCAGCUCUGUUCCUCCAUCACCCCGAGUCGCUGGCAGUGCGGAUGUCUUCCUGGGUACAGGCUCCACCAAGAUGGCAAACGCUGCACUGCAACUGGACCUCCUGCCUUUCUAAUUGUGGCCAAUCUGUUGGAUGUGAGAAGAAUGAACACAGAUGGGAUGGAGGAACAGACUCUGGUGAAGGAACCCAGAGGAACAAUCUUAGCUCUGGACUUUGACCCCGUCUACCACCGUGUGUACUUUGCCAGCACCAGCCAGAGGACAAUAGAGCGGGUUGAUCUGAACACUGGCUCAAGAGACGUUCUUGUCUCUGAUGGUUUGGACUCUCCAGAAGGACUGGCAAUCGACUGGGUUCACCACAGGAUGUACUGGACUGAUAGAAGCAAGUCAGCUGUUGACUGCAGUACACUAGAUGGACUGAAGAGGAAAACUGUUGUUAAAGAAGGGCUGGAAGAACCAAGAGGGAUUGCGGUUCAUCCCCAAGCAAAGAAGUUAUUCUGGACAGACACCGGCGCUCAGCCUGUGGUAGAAAGCGCGACUCUGGAGGGAAGCAGCCGUGUGAUUAUUGCCAGCACCGGCCUCAUGUCUCCCACUGGGCUGACCAUCGACUUCACUGAUGAUCGACUCUUCUGGUGCGACCAGAAGAGGGGCCUGAUAGAAACAGCUGCUUUGGAUGGUUCUGAUCGACGGGUCCUAAUAGAGAACCAAGUAGGACGUCCCUUUGACCUCGCAGUGUUUGAGGACAGGCUGUGGAUAUCUGAGUGGGAGCACCAACAGAUAAGGAGCGUCCACAAGCGGACAGGGCAGAAACUGCAGCGUAUCCAUGGCAGCUUGGUUCAGCCAGCAUCAGUGGUGGUGGUGCAUCCCCUUGCUAAGCCAGGAGCAAAUGUUUGUCUUCACCUGAAUGGAGGUUGUGCUCAGAAGUGUGAAAGCAACCAGGGACUUUCACAUUGCUCCUGUUUGCCUCACUUCACCCUGUCAGCUGAUGGAAAAAGCUGCUUGUCUGUCAGUUCUUCCAAUGUUACUGCAGAAUCUGGCGAUGAAACCUCUGACUUAACAUCUCUGAAAAACAAAACAUUACAUGAGGAGAGCAUCAUCCCACUGGUGGGUGAUAAUAGGAAGGCUGGUUUCAUCUCAGACGGAGGUACUGAACCAGCUCUGUUCACAGAAAAGAUGAUUGCAGACCAGAAUGACUGUUACUCGCUCCACUGUGCUGUGAAUGCCAGGUGUGUGCUGGAUGCUGAGAACCUUCGCUGUUUGUGUCAGGAAGGCUUUACAGGUGACGGACAGACAUGUCUGGCCCUGGAGAGCACUUCUCUGAAGGCAACAUCUCAACCCCCCAUGGAUGUGACCACCCGGCACCACAACAGCAACUCAGCAGAGAAGUGCCCCCCCAGCCAUGAUGCCUACUGUCUGUACCACGGAGUCUGUGUCUACUUCCCUGAGAUAAAGUCCUACGCCUGCAACUGUGUCCGAGGCUACAUAGGGGAGAGAUGUCAGUUCAGUGACCUGGAAUGGCUGGAGCUCCGGCAGGCUGAGAAGGAGAAGGAGAGGAAUCUGGUCAUUGGAGGUUGCAUGGUGGCGCUCAUUUCCAUCAUUUCCAUCACAGCCUGCAUCACCUACUGUUUCCGAUCUAGGAGACUCGUCCACAAACAGACCUCAGAGGAUGAUGUGAGUGAGAUCAGUGUGACUGAUGAGAGCAUGUCUGAGACGACCACCACCAGCGUUCCUCGUUCCUACAUGGUAACAGAAGAUGGUGUGAACAAGGAGGCCAUCCAUCCAGAUCCAAGGAGAGCUGCCUGCUCACCAUGUGCUACAGAAACAGGCAUCAAACCUGUGUCUGAACAGCAGGCAUCGAUCUUCAAACAUGACGAAGAAUACGGGAAUUUGAAGCUUCCAGACGCCACCACAGAGACCGCCCAGCCUGCCGCCCAUCGCUUGAGUCCUUCACUAUCCAACUUAAACCCAGACAAUUCCUCAUCUGUCAAACCAGAAACACAGUAAUACCCCCAGGCCACAGUCACCUCCUUCCUAGCUCAGAAGAACCCAAAACAAAGCUGGACCGCUCUGCAACAUGUCUCUGUAAAUGCAAAACUGUAUUUAAUUAACUUCUACCAUGAUAGAAACCAGAGCUCUCAUAAAAAGUAAAGCUUUAAAAGUAAAACUGCUUUUCAGUGCAUCCAAAUAAUAAUACUUCCAAAUCAGAUAAUUACUAGCCUAAGUUUCAAGCAUAGGGCGUACAGAGGAAGCUAACGUGUCCAGACCGCAUCAUUUAUACAUUUGUAAUGCUUUACUGGCUCACUGAUGUGAUAUUUGAGUCUCAGCUGAAUCAUUUUCCUAGAAAAAGCAUACCAGUUUGGGAUUUUAUAUGCAAAAUUCUUAGUGUAAAAUAAUUAUGGAAAACCUUAUUGACAGUAAUAAACUUUAUGCUUCAGAACUGCCUACAUCUAUCAACUGGGAAUAAAUCAAUCGUGGGAACAGUGAUAAUAAUUUUUUUAUUUUAUUGGUCAUUUUCUCAUUUUUCAAGAUCAGACCAAGAGAGGUGUGCUUCAUGUAUAAUUUCCAUUCAAAAGUAGAAGUAUGAAGGUAGACUCUAUGAAGUCUGUUGUUCCAUCAGAACCAGGAAGACUGGAUUUUAUCCUGAUUAAGUCUCCGUUCCAUGUGGUUUGCUAUCAGGUCCCACAACAGAUAUGAUCUUUUUGUGAAUAUCUGGCAUAGAUUUACUGUAUGAGAUUAUGUUAAACUUCAGUGCACAAGUCAGUAACUGUGACUCUUGCUAGCUUCAUGUCCAUUUUCAGAUAUUCAGUAAAAGUUAGAAAAUUUCAAAAUAAAAAUGAUCACUUAAACAAAUGGCUUCAUUGUUGAGUAAAGUUUAAGCUCUGAGAGUUUUCUCUUUUGAACACUUUUCAUUCAGACCCUGAUGGAUAAAAACAAUCACCUGAACUUCUUACAAUUAAAUUCUAAAAAUACAAAAUCUACUUGAAUUCACUUAAAAUGGUUUUACCAUUUAAACCAUUUAAACAGUCAACACAGCCUAAGGUAAUGUGCUUGUAGGACUUUGCCACAAUUAACAGUUUUGCCUGUAUAUAACUAAAUGUAAUAACAUUAAGUCUACUAGAAGUAUAAGGUUUAUUUUUAUAGGUGGUUCGAUGGAUGGUCAGUUCUACUGAGAUUUAUGUUUUGAAAACUUCAAGUUUUUCAUGUUUGGUUAGAAAAAAGAACCUUGUUGCUCCUUGUUUCCAUCCAAACAGAAUAUUACAACUUUUUUUCUUUUACAGAAAGAGGUCAAAAAAAUAAAAGUAUCAAUUUUAUGUACAUUGUGCUCAAUGGUGACUAUUGAAUGUUUUAUUUUAGACAUCUAUAAACUUCAUAUUUCUAUUUUAUCAAUAAAUUGAUGACAACAAAAUCAUGCCUGAUGAAACUUAA